AUGCCGGCCCAUCUCAGAAGCAGGCCGCUGGUCCAUCCGGACGAUAUUGCGAUACCAAGGGAAUUGGAAAACAACAAACUGCCUAUUUUCACGCGGUAUCAGGAGAUUAUGGCUGCGAUUGAUAACAACGCGGUUACGAUUCUGGCUGCGGAGACGGGAGCGGGUAAAACCACGCAGAUCCCGCAGUUCAUCCUCGCGCACGAGAACUUAAAGCGAGCGAAGGAAGGUGGGACGAACACGACGAAUAUCGUCAUCACCCAACCACGUCGUAUCGCUGCCAUCUCCGUCGCGCAACGUGUCGCGAACGAGAGGGGUGAACAGGUCGGUCGCAACUCCGCCAUCGGAUACACGGUGCGAUUCGACGAUAAGCGCCCAACCACCGACCCAGCCAACGGCCACGCCAUCUUCUGCACGUCCGGAAUCCUGCUGAAACGGUUACAGCAAGACCCGCAACUCCGCAACGUCUCCCACAUCAUCCUCGACGAAGUCCACGAACGUGAUUUGAACACCGACCUCCUCCUCAUCAUCGUCCGCCAACUCGUCAAAGCCCGCCCGGACCUCCGCGUCAUCCUCAUGUCCGCCACCGCCGAAACGGAGUUGUUCCAAUCCUACUUCAGAGGCUUCGGCACCGUCGGCCCGGACCGGUCCCCGCCUAUCAUCAACGUCAAGGGACGCAUGUUCCCUGUUGAGCAGCAUUUCCUCGAAGACAUCGAGCACCUCCUCCAGGCUCCCCGAGCCCUGCCCGCCCGGUUCAACCCAAGCAAGGAAUCCGUGCAUUGGUACCGCAACGAAACGGGCCCGAUGAUAGCCGCGCGUGGCGACGACCCGGUGCCGUACGACUACAUCGAAGCUUUGAUUGCCCAUAUCGCAACCUGCAGGGACGAAGGCGCCAUUCUCGUAUUCUUGCCCGGUUGGCAGGAGAUUGAUACGCUGCAGCAACGGUUGAGGGAGGAUGAGCGGUAUCGGGUGGGCUUUGCGAAUGAGAGGAUGUUUAGGAUUUUUCCGCUGCAUUCGCAGGUGCCGACGGAUAAGCAGCAGGCGGUAUUUGAGCCGGCGCCUCCUGGGGUGAGGAAGAUUAUUUUGUCAACCAAUAUUGCGGAGACUAGUGUUACGAUCAACGACGUAGUGUACGUAAUCGACCUCGCCAAACUCCGCAUGAACUCCUACGACGCCGACCGCCGCAUCUCCUCCCUCAACUCCGUCUUCGCCUCCCUCUCCAACCUCCGCCAACGUUCCGGUCGUGCCGGGCGAGUCAGGCCCGGAAUGUACUUCUCCCUCCUCUCCCACAAACGCAAGCAACGGUUACCUUACUCCAUGCCACCGGAGUUACUCCGUGUGGAUCUGCAGGCGACGGUGUUGAAGGUCAAAUCUCUGAAUUUGGCCCGGCGUGUCGCGGAUGUGUUUGCCGCUGCGCCACAGUCGCCGAACCCGGGGGCUGUUAUUCGUGCGGUGCAAGAUUUGCAGAGUCUAGGCGCGCUGGAUUCGAAGGAGGAGCUGACGACCAUCGGGCAGGUGUUGUCGAAUAUGCCUGUCGACCCGUGGAUCGGUAAAAUGGUGUUGGAAGCUGCCACGCUGGGGUGUUUGGACCCUAUUUUGACUAUUGCGGGCGGAAUGGAGAUCGGCCGUGGGAUUUUCGCGAUCCACCCUGACGAGAAGGAUAAAGGCCGCGCGCAUAUCCUGACGCGGUAUGCGCGGGACACGGAGAGCGACCACCUUACGCUGUUGCAGGCUUUCCGCGGGUGGAAGAAGGUCCACGAUAAUGGCCGGUUCGCGGAUUCGAAACAGUAUGCGUUCAGGAAUUACCUGCAUCACACCAGUUUGCAGAAUAUUGAGCGGAGCAGGCAGCAGUUGUUGAAGAUUUUGGAGGAUGCUGGGUUUGUGUCGAGGCAACGGAGACGUGAUGUUGGCGAGGAGGCGGGUGCUGCUGUGGCGAGGAGUAGUGGGUUGGAGGGGAUGGUUGGGGAUGAACGGAGCAAUGCACUGGCGCACAAUUUUGCGCUUGUUAGAGCUGUCAUUUGCGGCGCGCUGUACCCCAACGUUGCGGAGAUCACGGGCAAGGAUGAAUAUGCGACCGCUACGGUUAGCAGGUUGCGACUCACCACCGCAAGCGUCAACAGCAUGCGUGGAUUG